AUGAACAUCAUUGAGAACAUCAUUGAGAACAUCAUUGAGAACAUCAUUGAGAACAUCAUUGAGAACAUCAUUGAGAACAUCAUUGAGAACAUCAUUGAGAACAUCAUUGAGAACAUCAUUGAGAACAUCAUUGAGAACAUCAUUGAGAACAUCAUUGAGAACAUCAUUGAGAACAUCAUUGAGAACAUCAUUGAGAACAUCAUUGAGAACAUCAUUGAGAACAUCAUUGAGAACAUCAUUGAGAACAUCAUUGAGAACAUCAUUGAGAACAUCAUUGAGAACAUCAUUGAGAACAUCAUUGAGAACAUCAUUGAGAACAUCAUUGAGAACAUCAUUGAGAACAUCAUUGAGAACAUCAUUGAGAACAUCAUUGAGAACAUCAUUGAGAACAUCAUUGAGAACAUCAUUGAGAACAUCAUUGAGAACAUCAUUGAGAACAUCAUUGAGAACAUCAUUGAGAACAUCAUUGAGAACAUCAUUGAGAACAUCAUUGAGAACAUCAUUGAGAACAUCAUUGAGAACAUCAUUGAGAACAUCAUUGAGAACAUCAUUGAGAACAUCAUUGAGAACAUCAUUGAGAACAUCAUUGAGAACAUCAUUGAGAACAUCAUUGAGAACAUCAUUGAGAACAUCAUUGAGAACAUCAUUGAGAACAUCAUUGAGAACAUCUGGGAUUACGCGGAAGAAUUUGUCCAGGUCGCUGGUAAAUGCACGCUCUGGAGCGGGAGCCUGCCGCACGCUUUGCCUACUGAAGUGGACGCGCGUCUUAGGGGCCACGUCGACCCGCGCCGAGUUAUUACCGGCGCCGUGACGUCUGGCGAGGCGAGCAGAGCGGCGACGGCAAUCUCCGCCGUGUGA